CGAAUAAAUUGAAAACAACCUGAAACAAUUUCAUACAUCGUUGCGGUCACUUUUGAAAACCCGACCUGGUUACGUUGUGGUGUUGUUGGAUACCUCCAUCCACAGGCGAUUUCGAUCUCUCAAUCAACAAACAAGGAUAUCACAAAGUUUAUUGGAUAAUCAGCCUAUUUCCAUCGGUUAAUCAGUAAGCAAGAAAGAAAAGAUGGCAGAACGAAAGGUGCUGAAUAAAUACUAUCCACCGGAUUUCGAUCCGGCUAAAAUUCCAAGAAGGCGCAUGCCAAAAAACCAACAGAUUAAAGUUCGUAUGAUGCUUCCAAUGAGCAUUCGGUGUGGCACAUGUGGGAACUAUAUCUACAAGGGUACAAAGUUUAACUCCCGCAAAGAAGACGUUAUCGGUGAGACAUAUCUUGGAAUUCAAAUAUUUAGAUUCUAUUUCAAGUGCACGAAGUGUUCGGCCGAGAUUACUAUGAAGACCGACCCUCAAAAUUCCGAUUAUACUGUUGAGUCUGGAGCCGCACGAAAUUUUGAGCCUUGGCGUGCAGAAGAUCAGGUGGGUGACGAGGAGCAAAGGAAAAGAGAUGCCGAAGAAAUGGGAGAUGCGAUGAAAUCGUUGGAGAAUCGAACACUUGAUUCAAAAAGAGAAAUGGAUAUUCUUUCGGCACUCGAUGAGAUGAAGUCUAUGAAGUCAAGGCAUGCACACGUAAGUGUGGAUUCAAUGCUUGAAGCCUUGCAGCGAUCAGCUCCCGUACAGCAGGAAGAAAAGCUUGAAGAAGAAGACGAAGCACUCAUAAAAUCUAUUUUUCAAGGAUCACGAGAGUUUGUGCGAAGAAUUGAUGAUGACGAGCUUGAUGACGACGACGACGAUAAUAUCACAAAGAAGAGGAAGAUUUCUGAAGACAAGCCGACCGAUUACUUAACCAAAGCCAGCAUUGUCGACAAACCGAACAAGAAAGAAGAAGCGAGUGGUUCAUCAAGUGGGCGGAUCGUUCUGAAGUCUUCGACAGUGAAGUUUAGCGUCGUGAAGAAACCGUCAGAGGCUAAAACACAAGAUAAAGUUGAAGAAGAAAAGAUUAGCCAAAGUAAUGGACUUGCUUCAUUAUGUCAGCAGUAUGACAGCACCGAUGAUGAAGAUUGACACAUUCGUGUUUUAUAUAUUGUAAGCAACUGUUCUACUAUGCUUAUAAGCAUUGAUCGAGUUACAUAAAUAUUGGACCAGAAGUCAUUGGGCUGCCACCGAAGCAUUUAGUUUUGCUGUCCCUAUUGGUAGUUAACGCAGUUGUCAAGCGCAAUCAAUUGUUGUCUUAACUA